AUGAACGUUGAAAGUAACACUUGGCCAAAAUCAAAUAAGUUUUGUCAGAGCAUGGGUGGUCAGCUUGCCAGAAUUCAUUCACCUGCCCUCAACAAAUUUAUUUUUGAAACAUACAGCAAGGGGAAUAUCAGUUUGUGGAUUGGAUUGAAAUUAUGUACGGCUGUCAGUGAUGGCUCAUGGUGUUAUGCCUAUGGAAAGACGUCGAUAUAUUACAAUUGGGACGGAGGAGAACCGGAUAAUACAACAGGAAACGAAGAAUGUGUUGAAAUGAAAAAGAACGGAUUUUGGAAUGACGAAACGUGUGAACAAGAGAGGUCAUCAAUCUGCGAAUUAUAUACAGACGAAUGUACGUUUCGAAAAAACAAAUGCGAUGCUCAUGCUAUGUGUAUGAAUACCAUUGAAUCAUAUACUUGUGUGUGUAAUAAAGGAUUCACUGGAGAUGGAAAGGUUUGCAAAGAAUCUGGUUUAACGAUUGCUGAGCUGAACAAUCAGGCUGAACAACUCAAUAAUAAAAACAGGUCAACGUGGAAACAAGCAGCAGAAAAGAUCAUAAACGACCUUUCCUACCUGACAGAUCCAGACAUAAACGAUAUCAAAGGAAAUGUAACGGAAAACAAAAGUGCUACGAUACUCACUGAUACUGUAAGAAUACUUCAAAAGAUCGUUGAUUUAAAUAUUUCUGAUAGCAGUCUUGAUUUAUUGCGCCCGGCAAGCAAUAUAUUGGAUCGUAGAUAUACAGAAACCUGGGAAACCACAACGGACGGGGGAGUUAUACGUGAUUUGGCAAUAACCUUGGAAAAAUACGGAUUACAACAUGCAAAUAGCCUGAGAAAUAGCACAACCAAUUCAUCCGUCUUCCAAAACCAUUCCAACAUACAACUACGCGUCUUGUACAUAAAGCCAGCUGGAAAAUUAUCAAGAAAGGAGAGAAUUUUUAAUUUUUCAAAAGCAUCGUUCAAACUUUCGAAUGAUGCAUUAUCCAAUGAAACGGAUACUGUCGUUGCUGUCCUGUGGUAUAAGACGCUGCACUCUUUCUUAACCAAAAGCUUUUAUGGUGAUAUCCAGGAAGAACUAAAAAGCGAAAUUAUCAGUGUAAAUGUGCGACCUGAGCCAAAGAUGCCUUUUGAGAAGCCUGUUCGUAUCAGCUGGGAUAAAGAUGAAGUGAACCAAUCUGAAACCUGUGUGUACUGGAAGCCAGAAUUGAGUGAAAACAGGUGGAAGAGUAACGGAUGUAAAAGACUUCCAGACAGUAAAAGCUUGGCAUGUGAAUGUUACCAUCUCACCGCAUUCGCGUCCAUGGAUAUUUCGAGAAAAAUGAUAAGCGGUAGCGAGAAGAGAGCUUUGGAACUAAUAUCCACGAUUGGCUGUUCUUUGUCCCUUUUUGGAGUGACUGUGACCAUACUCUCUUAUGCAUUCAUGUGGAAAGUCAUACACAGAAAUGUUAGAAGUAAAGUACCUUCCCAAGUGCUUAUGAAUCUCUGUGUUGUGAUCGGAAUAACAGACAUCCUGGCUAUCAUGGCUGAACCAGCACAUGAUUAUGAACACUUUUGUAUGGCCGUUUCUAUAUUGUUAUAUUUCUUCGUACUCUCCCUUUUUGGAUGGAUGCUAUGUGAAGGGAUUGUCAUGUACUUCCAACUCGUGAAUGUCUUCACAGGUUUGGGUAUGGGAGGAAAACAUAUGAAAGCAUUUUAUGCAAUUGGUUGGGGUCUCCCAAUUAUUGUGAUGUCGGUUCUACUUGGUACAACUGAUCGCGAGGAUUUCAGAACCAAACAUGCAUGUUGGUGUCGUGGUGGUGGUGCACUGUUCUGGACUUUUGUUUCUACCAUAGUACUAAUUUUAUCGAUCAACUUGGUUAUUUUUAUUCUGGCCUUACGAAAUGCCUUAGCAUCCAGCGAAAUAGGCACCACAAAUACAGAAGCUGUUAGCAAGCUGAAAAGAGUAAAAGUUGGUCUAAAAGGUUCAGCAAUACUGCUACCUCUGCUUGGACUCACGUGGGUUUUUGGUUUACUGGUUUUCAAUCGAGAUACAAUUGCAUUUAAAUAUUUAUUCGCAAUAUUCAACUCUCUGCAAGGAUUCGUGAUAUUUGUUUUUCAUGUGUUACUUAACAGCAGGGUUCACGAAGCAAUUAGAAAGAAAAAGAAGGCAGCUAGACUUCCUCACACAACUUGUGCUUUCAUAAGGAGCAGCACUUAUGAUACUGCUACAGGAAGCACUAGUGACUACAGCAACGCUGGCGAAAACGGAACUCUUUCUACAAGUACACGCCCAAUUUUUCCGAAGAAAAUUUUCAAGAGCAACCCAUUUGCUGUGAGGAAAAAAUAUGCGAUACAGAAGCCGGAUCAAUGCGACUUAACCCAAGACAGAAAUGAAUACAUUGGAGAGUAUACUAAAGGAAACACUCUGGAGAAAAUUCAAUUGGCUAAAUUGUAA